UCCCAACCAACCGUAUCACAGCACAGCAGCGAGCCAGCAGCAGAAGCAAGCCUGAUAGAGCCAUCGAUCCGUGCGACCGCAGCUACUAGCUUGCCACUUCUCCCGGCGACGACCGGCACCGAGUUCACCGGCCCGUGCGUUCGUUCCCGAUGGCGACCUCGGUGAUGGCCUCCGCCGCGAGCUCCCUCGCCUUCGCCGCCACCGGCGCGCGCGCCGGCCGUGUCCCCGCCCGGCUUCUGGCGGCCGGGCUCGCGCCGCGCCGGCGCUCACCGUUCGUCGCCAGGGCGCAGGCCGAGAAGGACGCUGAGAAAAGCGCGGCCACCACGCCCAAGCUCUGGGACGCGCUGGCGUUCAGCGGCCCCGCGCCGGAGCGGAUCAACGGGCGCCUCGCCAUGGUGGGUUUCGUGUCCGCGCUCGCCGUCGAGGCGGCCCGCGGGGACGGCCUCCUCGCGCAGGCCGGCAACGGCUCCGGGCUCACGUGGUUCGCGUACACCGCCGUCGUGCUAUCCGCGGCGUCGCUGGCGCCUCUGCUCCAGGGGGAGAGCGCCGAGGCCCGGAGCGGUGGCUUCAUGACCGCCGACGCCGAGCUCUGGAACGGCCGCCUCGCCAUGCUCGGGCUCGUCGCGCUCGCUGCCACCGAGUACCUCACCGGCGCUCCCUUCGUCCACGUGUAGAUACGGCGUAAAGUAUAUUGUACGCGUGUAGCUGCGUAGUAGAGGAGCCAGUGUAUACGUAUUUGUGACUUGUGUACGGCCAGGGUGCUUGUAAGCUCGGUUAAGUAUACUGUAGUCUGGAAACAUUAUUAUUGAAGGUUUUCUUUGACACAAAAUUACUGUGUAUGUACAAAAACCUUUCAGCGAAAUGGUCAUGUAAAUUUGAAA